GGGACCAUGGCUAUUGACUGGAUUGGUUUUGCAUAUGCUGCAUUGCUGGCUGUUGGAGGUGUUGUAGCGUACACUCGGAAAGGUAGUAAAAUCUCUUUAGCUGCUGGUCUGACCUUUGGUUCUGUGGCUGGUUAUGGAGCUUACUGCAUAACACAUGACCCGAGAAAUGUGAAGGUAUCACUGUUUUCAUCUUUUCUUUUGACCAUUAUAAUGGGAAUGAGGUUCAAGAGGUCCAAGAAAUUAAUGCCAGCCGGACUAGUAGCAUGCCUGAGCCUUCUGAUGAUUUUGAGGCUUGUUUUGAUGCUGCUGUAGGGGAAUUUGGCAAGUUCAGAACUGAAGUAUGACUGCCACACCCACCGAACAAACAGGCAAGCUCUCCGUACUUGAAAGACAAGUUUGAACACAAGUCCUACAUUGCAUUUCUCUUUUCUGUAAAAGACCUGUACCUGUUAUUUGAUUAUUGACAUUUGCUGAUAUUUUGAAAGCUUUUUAUUAAACUAAAACAGGUGGCUUGUUGAUAAUAUAUUUUGAUCUUAACUCUUGGCUUA